AUGGAGCAUUCAGCUCCAGCACGAAACCCGGAUCCACCCGCUCAAAAUGAGCCACAGGAAGAAGUGGAGGAGUACGAACCGAUCAUUAUGACUUUCUAUGCUCCAGACACCAGUGAUGAGCCCCCAGAAGGUCCACCGAUCCCGGUGCGACUCACACCGGUUCCAUCCGCUCCAGUUGCAACACCGGAGCCUCAACAUCCAGUUCAUCUAAUCCCGUCGUCCUCAGACGAAUCUACUGAUUCGUCUUCGGACUCGUCAUCCUCGGACUCGUCGUCUUCUUCGGACUCGCCGCCACCAGCAAGACGUCGUCGAAUUAUCCCACCACAAAUGUAUCAAGUUUCGUCUUCCUCGGAAUCGUCAUCUGAUUCGUCUUCAGAUUCAGAUGUUGUUGUACCAGAAAUAAUGAAUGGUCCACCUGGAAUAAGCCGCAAUGCCCGAAUUGGUCCUCUACCCCGAGAUGCUCCACAAGGAAGAGCUCCUGAGGCAGAAGCUCAGCACCAAGAAGUUCCACAAGACUAG